AUGCACGGUCAAGUCAGCUGCCUAAAGCUGCCGACCUCACAACACUUUGUCCUAGAGGCUGCGAUACGAAAUCCCUUCGACUUGUUCCCGAGAAACCAAACGAUGGACAUUCUUGCCGUCCCACCAGGAAUACUAACAGUUUACCGCUAUCCAAUGAUGUGUUCGUCAAAUUGCUAA